AUGCAUCAAAACAGUUUUACAAAUCAGGUAUGGCUUCGCCUGAGUACAGAAGGUGGGCUUCGGCAUCGCGUUACUGACCUGAACGAAGGCGAUCUGCCACCUAAGUCACCUGAAUUUUAUGAGAUGUUACCAUCAUUAAGGUCAUCGCCUAUUUCCUUACUACAAGCAAGGCAGGAAGACAACUCGGAUUCAUUUCAUGUUGUCCCUUCAGUUACGAACAAAAACACAGAGCCACUUAGUGUAACGGAUACAUACGAAACAUUUUUACGAAAUUUAGAAUACAGUGAUAAUCAAGAUUAUGGUAAUGAUUUUCUCCAUUCACCAGAAGAACUUCACUUGACACACCAAAUAGUUGGAGAAGGAGCUUGCCAUGAUUUGUGUGACGAUUUUCAGAUAUAUUUACAAAAUGAAACAUCCCCAACGCCAGUUGAAAACUUGUACAGUACGCUACCAACACAAGAAGCUGCAAGAACAUUUGAAUUUCCAAAUUUCGAUGAAAACCAGAGACUUGAAAAUAUGGAGGUUUCUCAAACUGGGCAAAAGAAGGUGAGUUAUACUAAAAAAUCACAAAGCUCGGCAACAAAUGAUGACUCGUCAAAACAUAGUGAAUUCCCUUACGAUUCUUUAAAAAUUAGGCAGCAACAAAGUUCUCGUAAGAGAAAAACUUCAGAAACAUAUGGAGAAAGAUCUAGAAAUAAGAAGACAGAUAUUGAAAGAACAAUUUCACGGACUAGUCGACCUUCGCAUAAUGAUAUCGAGCGACAGCGGAGAAACGACAUGAAAGCAAGAUUUGAUGCAUUGAAAGCCGCGAUACCUGACAUCGAGCGAAUGGAUCGUGCCCCGAAAAUCCAAAUUUUGUCAAAAGCGACUGACUAUAUAAUGAAACUUCACGCAGAAGAAACAACUUUGGAUAAUGAGAAACAAAAAGAAAGAAAAAGAAAUCGUUUGCUGUUAGACAAACUAGUUAAACUAACUCAAGUUGUAUGA